AUGGCUAAGCUUAAUUUUUAUUUCGAUCCGCUAUCGGAACCUUGCAGAUCUGUGCAGUUAUUUUUGGAAGCUAACAAGAUUCCAUAUGAGACAAAACAUACAGACUUAAUAACAGCUGCUACUCGAACGGAGGAAUACAGGAAAAUUAGUCCAACUCAGACUGUGCCUGCUAUUGUACACGGAGAAUUUAAACUGUUCGAGAGUGUUGCCAUCUUGCAAUAUCUAGCUGGUGCAUUCUCAACACCAGACCAUUGGUAUCCUAGCGAAGCAAAGAAACGAGCUCGGAUUAAUGAAUAUCUGCACUGGCAUCACUUAAACUCGAGAUGGAAGGGAGGCUUGCUGGUAGUUAUGAAAUACAUUUAUUUACCCCAUUUCUAUAAGCAAGAGGUUAGCGAAGAGGAUAAGAAAGGCUCGAUUAUUGCUCUAAAGCAAACGUUGGACACAUUUGAAAACUAUUUCUUGAAAGACAACAGAUUUAUAGCAGGGGAUGAAAUUUCCAUUGCUGACCUGAUGGCGGUAGGAGAGCUCAUUGCUCCGGAUAUAAUUGGAGUGUAUGUUGGCAAGGGUCGACCAAGAGUGCAAGCAUGGCAUCAAAAUAUUAAAGCUGCUCUAGGAGCAGUUUAUGAUAGUGUGCAUGCAGCUAUGUAUAAACACAUGGAUGAUAUCAAGGGUCUAGUGCCUCCAAUCGAUUACUAA